AUGAAUCCGAUAAAAUGGAUUCUCUCUACAUUCCUACUUAAUGCCCUCAUAAGUAGAUGUAACCCACUAUAUUUUAAUAAUAAUAUGGAUAAAUGGAUGAAAGAACUCUUAAAAGUAUCAAAAAAAGAGUAUAACAGUUUCAACGAAAUAAACGAUUUGGGUAAUAGAAAAUAUUGUGGUAAAUCCCUUAACCAUUUGGCAGGGUUGAUUUUAGAUAAGACAGACAAAGAAGGGAAACUAAUUAUCGAAGGAUCAAUAAUUUCUAAUAAGCUGAUUUUAAAAUUAGGAAAUAUUAAAGAAAAAGAAAUAAAUAUAAAAGACAUAAUUCUACCUGUAGAAACCUUAUCGAAUAAGUGUAUUCACAUACGACAGAGUAAAAAUAAUGAUGAUUCUGUGAUUCUAUGUUUAGCUAGUAAAGUUCUUAGGAACUUUUGGACAAAUUCAAUAACAGAUGCAGUUUUAUGCAAACUGACAAAAACUAGGGGAAAAUUACCUGAGUAUAAUUAUGCCCUGGGAAUGGAUGAAAAGAGGGAAGAACAAAAUGAAGAAAGUGACAAAUCGGGAGAAGCUGAUGAAGCAAGCGAUUCAGUGAUCGAUAAAACAAGUGUCCAGAAAAAUGAACAAAAUCUUGUUAGGAAAAAAAUUAUCGGUGAAGAAUUUGAUGAAGAGCAAGAAAAUGAACCCAAGGGACUAAAACUGCGAAUAGCCAAAAGUAAAUUCGGCAAUCCGCAUAUAAAAAUAAAUGGCAAAAAUGUCGAAGAAAUUAAAAACGAUCGAUCUGUAAAGGGGACGAAUAAAUUAGAAAAUCAAAAAAAAGAUGAAUCUAUUGAAUCGGUUGAAGAUGAUGAUGAACAGGAUGUAGAGGACGAAUAA